AUGUCAUUUGAAACAAUUCCAUCCAGGUAUGUGCAACCGGAUCACUUGGACGAGGCUGCUGACGAACUGAGCGCGCUGCGUAGAAAAGGCAUCAGGCACUACGGGCUGCUCAGGGUGCUCGCGGUUCCCAACGAUUUCACCGCCACGGUAUCGAGCGCGAAACCGAUGCUUGAGAAAUUUAAACAGCUCCAGGACAGGGACCAGACUGCGAAAACCGUCAUCGCCAUCGGCUGCUACGAUUACGGCGGUGACUUCUUAUCCAACUUCACAGCGACAUUCACGGAAGUUGCCAACACUUACCCGGUCGAUAUUGUAAUUGCCAUCAGUUCGGUGGAAUGGACUGGUCCCCGGGGAUGUCACGCCUUGCCGCCCACCAUGUUGACGUCGAUGACCCCAUUUUACGAAGGCCUGUUGAAUCACUGGCACGCCGUGUCGCCCCGAGCCAAUUACACCAGACCGUCGAUACAGACUGGGCUAUCCUUCGAGCUGUCCACACUGCAGUACGAGCUUGAGGAUAGAGCACCCUCGCUCAGCGAAAGUCUUUUUCGCCCGUGCCGGACAUUGAGGAAGAGGAAUCGAGAAGUGCAGUAA